AUGAACCCCGCCGAGCUCAGCCGCCCGGCCAUCGGCCUCACCACCCCCGUGCUCGCCCACAAGUCCAUCACCGUCUCUGUGCCUAACCUGCAAAAGACACCCAAAGUCGGCACCGCCGUCCCCGCCCGCAUCGAUCUCGAGCCCGUCUACUCGGCCCUCAAGUCGGCCCUAGGCCCCGAGCAAUGGCUGAUAUAUAAGGAAACCAUCCCCCAAUUCCUCGUUGGCCGCCUCACCCAGGCCGAGUUUGCCGAGCGCAUCGACCCCAUACUCGCGUCGCCCACCGGCGAACGAGAACAUCUACACAACCAACUAAUCGCCGCCAUCUACGGCAAUGUCACCCGAGACCUCCCCGAUCAGGGCCUUGCCCCUUGGGUCAGCGCCAACGACAAGCCGUCAACAGCAGUCGGCAACAAGCCCUCCACCGGAGAUGCCGCCGAGAGGAGGCUCAAGGGUGAAGUCAUGCAACUGCCAAACCGAGAUAGGCGGCGCAUCAAAGAUCUUGCGCUGAAUGAGCUCGACCCUUACGAAACCUUAGCAGGGGUAUUUUCAGAACACCACAAGGCAAAGGCGCCAAAGGCAGUAGACGUACCACCUAGCGCCGGUGGCCUCAAUCGCAUGAACUGGGACCUCGAGAUUCGGAAACGCUACGCACAGCCAUUAGCAGUCGAGUCGGGCGAGUUCCCCGACACAAGCAAUGUCGAGGCUCGAAUGCUGCCAUUCUGUUACGAAUAUGGGCUCGUGUCCGGCCACGCAUCCGACGCAGCACAGUUUGUCUCUGUCGCGGCCGAGGUGUUCAUCAAGGAGAUGCUUUCAACCGUGUUCAGUCGUACAAGGAGCAACGGCUCGGGCGAGCUAGGUGGAGGCAGCACCAACCCCACUGAAGGCACGUCGUGGAUCCAGACCCAUCGGUAUCGGAAGCAACUCGCGCGAGAAGAGGGUGCAGCCAGGCGCGGCGAGCUGGCAAGGGACAAGAGCGGGCUACUCCCCGUCGAAUCGCGGUCAGCUAUCGAGCAGGGAGCACUGGGGAUGGCGGACCUCCGGCUUGCGCUCGAGAUGAGCGAGUGCGGCAUGGCGACCUUCCCCAUCAUCUCGCAGUCCGUCAUGUUCAGCUACCGCGAGGGCGAGCUGGAUCAGUGGGAGGACUACACAUGGAUGGACGACGGCACUCCUAAGCCUCGCGACUCGGACGCGGAUGGAGACACGCGCAUGGGAGGUGGCACAGUCAACGGCACAGGUCACAAAACACCAGCGGGCGCGCCGCUUCCUAACGGCGUCUCCCACGACGGGGAUGCCAUGGAUCUCGACGACUUUGACGCCAUAUGGUGGGAGGGUGCUGACUCGGACGAUGGCGGCAUUCUUGACGGCGUGCUGGAUUCAUGCUUGGCAGUCGGAUGA